CAAAGAAACGUUCAAGUGUUUGGCGACCAUCUCUACCGCUCGGCAUGGAGGACUGAUCGGCAAAUAGUAGAAAUCUAUUGAUUUGGUUGUCAUUUUCAAGCAAGUGUUUUAAACUCUACAAUAGUUCAAUUGAAAAGGUUCUGAUAAAAGUAUUAGAACACUUGAAACCAGAGUUUCUAAAAAUCAACCCGAACCACAGCGUCCCAACAAUUGAUGACAAUGGCUUCAUCUUGUGGGAGAGUCGUCCAAUUAUGACCUACCUGUGGAACCAAUACUCUACAAAUGACAGCUUGUAUCCAAACGACCCGAAAAAGAGAGCAGAAGUGGAAAAAAUGCUACAUUUUGAUAUAGGAACAUUAUACAAGAGCAUUAUUGAAUACAUACUCCCUACGUUGCUACGUGGAGCACCUCUAGAUCCAGAAAAAGAGAAAGUUAUGAGACAGAAAAUAAAAAUACUGGACGAUAUUUUACAGAAACAACCCUAUGUAGCUGGACAAAACCUUUCUCUUGCUGACCUUUCUAUUCUCGCAGGGAUAACAUUUCCUGAAGUGGUUGACUAUGACCUCGGGGAAUUUUCAAACAUUCAGUUGUGGAUCAAGAAAAUGAAGGCAGAACUUCCAUACUAUGAAGAAUUCAUCAUCCAGCCAAUUGAAGAGUUUAAAACCACAAAGGCUAACAAAUGAACAUUCAUGAAUAAACUACAAGUGUCGACGGUUUCCUAAUAGUUUCCUUAUAUAAGAUUGAAAAAAAUACACUGGCUCUAAAAUGUCCACGUGUAAUUUAUUUGUUUGAAUAAAAUAAUCAAGACAUUGUCGAAUAAAAAA